AUGCCGCCAAUGCCAUUUCACCUCGGAGCAGUCAUAAGCUUCGACACCUCGAGCGGGCAAACAGAAAAAGGCAUUGGAAAUGCCAUGACCAAGAGGCCUUACGACAGUAUAGCAGCCUCGCCGUAUGCAGCACCUCCUGGACGGCAAACCUCGCAUGAUGCAGACGGCGAUGGGAGUCACGAGGAUAGUGAAGAGUUGUCGCUGAAGAAGCCGCGGUCCUUCAUAGCCACCUUGGCCUGCGAUAUAUGCCGAUCCAGGAAGACACGAUGUGACGAAGACCGGCCAAAAUGUGGCUAUUGCCGGACGAUGAGCCUGGAGUGCACUUACCAGGUACCUCGAGCCACCAAAAAGGAUCAAUCGAUGACAGUGGCGAUCAAUGCGAUCCGCCGCCUUGAGGCCAAGAUCGAGGACUUGACGGCUGUGAUGAGCGCUUCGAAGGACGCUUCUGCAGCGCUUCUCCCGGCCUCAGUGCACCCCUUCGACCAUCGCUCACCCAUUUCGACAUUUUCGCAGCCAAGUCCGAGGAAUGACGCUCAGGGGCCCCUCCUACCACGCCAUGAUCGAAUGAGUGUCCAUGAGCUGGCAAUGUCACCACAAGCUGCCUCAACGCCAGGCAAAAGUCCAUUCGCGGGACCUGAGACGCAGACCAAAGUAGCACUUUCUUUCAGUCAGCAUCGAGUGGCCAUAUGGCCUGCUGUAAAGCAGGUGUUGCCACCAGAGUUUGUUUCAGCAUGCGCAGAACUAUCACAGGACUACGUCGCCGAGAUCGAGAGCCACCGAGCGCCCUUGCCAAUGCACAUCAACCGGCCAAUGGGCACACACCCGGAGUUGUGGCUCAUGGACCUGCCGCAAUCUGUCGUGAAGGGUAUUGCAGAUGCGUAUUUCGCUGUCUUCCAUCGUAACUCACCGGUCCUGGACAAGUUUCACUUCUAUUCAAGUACGCUGGGCUCAGCAGUGGAGACCGACUUUGGUUACGACAUCGAAUCGUGUUUGGUCCUGGUUGUACUCGCCUUGGGUUGUUUGGCAGUAAAAUCACACGAGGAAGGUGAUUUUGCCCUGCCAUCACGCUCUGGUGCACAGGGAGGCGGCUUUGUUCGCCCUGACUGGUAUGACCUAGUCUUGGACGACACACCGGGGUUGAAGUUUUUCAACGAGGCCCGGAAGCGUUUUGGGUUUCUCAUGACUCAGAACGGUCUUCAGGCAGGCCAGUACUACAUGCUGUCAACGCUGUACUACGCGCAGACACUACGGCCUAUGGACUCGUGGACGACUGUGAACCGAGCAGCACUGUGUUGCACGAGCAUUCUGACCCGAACGGAAGCUAUCCACUUCGACGAUUGGGAGGGUGACAUGUUCUCCCGACUUUUCUGGAAUACGCUCAUGUAUGAGACAGUCAUCACGCAGGAGCUAGACACGCUACCUCACAGCGGACUCCUUGCGUUUGAGCCUGAUAUCCCACUGCCAAAGUUCACACUCUGCCCGAGGCCUAAGACGUCUAUAUCUGGGCUGAUUAGGGAUGAAGAUGAAUCGUUGUUCAAUUUUCACUUUCUUGCGCAAGCGGCACAUCGCAUCAUUCUUACUCGCGUCAAACAGAACAUCUACUACUAUGCGGCAAAGGAAGCCUUUCCCAAUGCUAGUAUUACGGGUGAGAUGCAUCAUCAGCUCGAGCAAUGGCGAGCGAAUCUGCCACCUGCGUUGCAGUUUGCGGAUAGCGAAAGCGCCGACGACUCGCCCGAUCCUGCUCAUGUCAUUGCAAAGGCUAUGCUGCGCAGUCGCUACCUUGUUGCCAAGUUCCACAUCGGCCGUCCAUUUCUCUACAAGGCACUGCAUGCGCCUGAGUUCACCAACGAUGCCGAGUAUCGAGAGGUGCGAGAGGGCCUUCGAGGCGGUAUGUUUUGGCCAACGACAAUGGGACUCUGCACACAGAUGCUGUCCGCCCUGCCGAUCAAAUUCGGUUGGUGCUGCCAGUGCUUCGGACAGGUGCUGCUGUUCCACGCGGUUGCACGAUCGUCAGACGCGAAGCUGAGGGAGACGUUACCGGAAGGCUGGCAGGAUUGGGUGCACAUCAUGAUGGUGCUCAUCGAGAAGUGCGCGAGAGAAAGCCCAGGGAUUGCAAAGGAUUUUGAAUUGCUCAGCCUGUUGUGA